AUGUAGUAAAGCGAACCAUUAAAGCUUGAUGAGAACGAUGAUUAAGAAUUUAUCAACUUGUAAAAUACUCAUUAAACAGGCGAAGAAUCACAAAACAAACUCAAAUCUAAUUUAUUGAAAUUGUAAAAAAUAUAUUAAGAAUGCAAAUGCCCAUCAUGUUAAUUAUUAUUUGAAGAGCCUAUAACUAUAGUUUGUGGUCAUACUUUCUGUAGGGAAUGUAUUAUUCGAUCAGUUAAUCUAAAACCCUAAUGUCCAGAAUGCUUAUAUCCUAUUACAAAUAUUAUCAAUAACAUUCAAGAAAACUUUUUAGUUAAAUCAGUUGUAAAAGAAAUUAAUGAAUUAUUUAUUGCAUAAUAAUAAAAAAAAGUUAAACCUCGACUUUUUGAUCAAAUUAUUGCUAAGCGAAUUUAAGAGAAUAUUAUAAAACAAUAUUUGAUUUUUGAAACUAACUCUUUAAUUAUUCCCUACACUAUUUAAAAUGUGAAACUCCAUAUAAACUAAUUCAAAGAUUUAAAUGAAGACUAAAUAUAUAAAAUCUUAAAAAGAGACUCUUUAAUAUUACUGACAUAUCCUAAUAAAAACCAAUCAAUUUAAGAAACUGCUACUUUGGUUAUUGUUAUAAAGGCUGUAAUAAAUUCUAAAAUGAUUGAUUUAAAUGUUCACGUUUAAUAGUAAAUGAGAGUAUUACAAAUCAAAUAAGAAACAUCUCAUAUAGAAAAAGAGAUCACAUUAAAUAUUGCAAAGGUUUAAGAAAUCAAAGAGGAGCCAAUAAUUUUCAAUUUCUAAACUGAUUAAUAGAUUAAAUAUUUAAUUGAUACUGUAAGUUAGUAAUUGGCUUAUCAUUUACCUGAAAAUAUUGACUCAUAUACUAAUAAAUAUUUGAAAGAUUUUUUCCAUAAACUUCAAUUAUUUGAAAUACUUAGGAGUAAUAUAUUAAGGAAUGAGAAAGCCUUAAAACAUAUUAGUUAUGUUAUCCCCUCUAUAUUACAUUUAACAGAUCAAGAGAGAACUAGAAUUUUCAAUUCCAAUAAUAGCAUUGAGAGACUGAUUCAAAUUACCAAAAUAUUGGAAAGAUUUUAAUAUAUUACAAACCCAUUAAUGGUUUUCAAAAUUCCAGGCGACAAGGAAAGAAUUAAUUACUAAGCUGAAUUUCUAAUAAUUAUUGUAUUAUUGAUUCUUGCAUUUUAUUACAGAGUCAUCGGAUUCUGA